UUCUUUGGGUGUAGCUGCUUCUGCCCAUCUUUGAUCAAUUAAGGCUCUCUUUAUCGAAGAGAUCCACUUCCAUCAGAAUACAUCCUCAUACAGUAUCAUUGUUGAGGUAUAUAAUGAUCUCCUGGUUCUGCUCAUUUCACUCAGCAUCAGUUCAUGUAAGUCUCACCAGUCCUCUCUGUAUUCAUCCUGCUGGUCAUUCCUUACAGAGCAAUAAUAUUCCAUAACAUUCAUAUACCACAAUUUACCCAGCCAUUCUCCAAUUGAUGGGCAUCCAUUCAUUUUCCAGUUUCUAGCCACUACAAACAGAGCUGCCACAAACAUUUUGGCACAUACAGGUCCCUUUCCUUUCUUUAGUAUCUCUUUGGGGUAUAAGCCCAGUAGAAACCCUGCUGGAUCAAAGGGUGUGCACAGUUUGAUAACGUUUUGAGCAUAGUUCCAAGUUGCUCCAGGGAUAACAUUUCACCUAUAGGAAACUUAGGGUUUCGGAUAUCUUCAAACAACUAGAGCUGGAAGGGGCUUUUGAUUCAAACUCCUUCGCUUUACAGACAAACUCGGGAAGGUGAUGACAUUACCAAGGUCCCAUGUAUGUAACUGACAGACGUACGAUUCACAAAUCUUGUCAGGCGGAGAGCGCCUCUGGGACGCUGCCGUGUAGGUGCGAUAACAGCGAGAGAAGGCUUACGGGCGCCGGUGCCUUCCUAAGGAGGGCCAGAAAUGCUUCGGGGGCCCUAAAGCGCAGCGGAUGAGAAUUGUGUCCUGGGGAAGACCGUGCAACUACGAACUCCGAGGCGGUCCUCGGACCCCGGCCCGCAGAGGCGGAGGGAGGGGGUGUAGGGGAUAUUGGGGGUGUAGGGGAUGCUGGGGAUGCAGGGGGUGCGGGAGCUUUGGCAGAGCGGGAGGACAGGACUAGGUGGGCCAUUCUCAGGGACUGGGAGGGUGGGGCCGAGGCUCUGCGGCCACCGCCCCCGGGCCAAGGAGAGAAAGGGGGGCCGCACCCCAAGCUCGGUCUCCCGGGCCAGGCCCCGCCCCGCACCCUAUCCCGGCCCCGCCCCCGGCUCCAUCUUGCGGGCCGGGCCAGCAGGGGCAGUGGCGCGGCUGGGCUACUCUGCGGGCAGAAUGUCUUACCCAGGAUACCCUCCUACGGGCUACCCAGCAUUCCCUGGAUAUCCUCCUGCAGGUCAGGAGGCAUCUUUUCCACCUCCUGCUGGUCAGUAUCCUUAUCCUACUGGCUUUCCCCCAAUGGGAGGAGGUGCCUAUCCUCCAGCCCCAACUGGUGGUUUCCCCGGACCUGGAGGUUACCCAGGUUACCCUGCUUCCGGAGGGUAUGCUGGUGCCCCGCCAGCAGGAGGAGCCCCGUCCUACCCUGGAGCUUCUCCAGGCCAAGGAUUUGGAGUCCCACCAGGCGCACCUGGUUUUUCUGGCUACCCACAACCCCCAGUCCAAUCCUAUGCUGGUGGACCAGGACAGAUACAGAUCCCAGGUGGGUUCCCCGGAGGACAAGUUCCUUCCCAGUAUCCUAGUGGCCAAGCUCCUGCUCCUUACCCUAAUCAGAUCAGUCCUGAAUUCUUUCCUUCCUGUCCUGUUUUCUCUCCUAUUUCUUUGGAUUAUAACAGUGAACCAGCAGCCAUGACUCAAGGUACUCAGGGAACCAUCCGACCUGCUGCCAACUUUGAUGCUGUAAAGGAUGCAGAAAUUCUCCGAAAGGCCAUGAAAGGAUUUGGGACUGAUGAGCAAGCAAUUGUGGAUGUUGUUGCCAAUCGCUCCAAUGAUCAAAGACAGAAGAUUAAAGCAGCUUUUAAGACCAUGUAUGGAAAGGAUUUAAUCAAAGAUCUCAAGUCUGAGUUAAGCGGAAAUAUGGAAGAAUUGAUCCUUGCCUUGUUUAUGCCACCUACCUACUAUGAUGCUUGGAGUUUACGGAAUGCAAUGAAGGGAGCAGGAACUCAAGAAAGAGUACUGAUUGAGAUUUUGUGCACAAGAUCAAAUCAGGAAAUUCGAGAUAUUGUCAACUGUUACCGAUCAGAAUUUGGACGAGAUAUUGAAAAAGACAUUCGAUCAGAUACCUCAGGACACUUUGAAAGACUGCUAGUAUCCAUGUGUCAGGGUAAUCGUGAUGAAAACCAGAAUGUAAAUCAUCAGAUGGCUCAGGAAGAUGCUCAGCGUCUUUAUCAAGCUGGGGAAGGGAAAUUGGGAACUGAUGAAUCCUCCUUCAACAUGGUUCUUGCCACAAGAAGCUUCCCUCAAUUAAGAGCUACCAUGGACGCUUAUUCCAGAAUCGCUAAUCGAGAUUUGUUAAGCAGCAUUGGCCGAGAGUUUUCUGGAAAUGUAGAAAAUGGUUUGAAGACAAUCUUGCAGUGUGCCUUGAACCGUCCAGCCUUCUUUGCUGAGCGGCUCUACUACUCCAUGAAAGGGGCUGGCACAGAUGAUUCGACCCUUGUGAGGAUCGUUGUCACCCGAAGUGAAAUUGAUCUUGUGCAAGUGAAACAGACAUUUGCACAGAUGUAUCAGAAGACCCUGGCAACGAUGAUCUCCAGUGACACCAGUGGGGACUAUCGCCGCCUGCUCAUGGCCAUUGUGGGCCAGUAGGAGGAUUUUGUUCUGUUUUGUUUUGUUUUUUAAAGAAACUGAAUUAAUCAGUCUCACUAUCUUGAAGACAACUAUCCUGCAUGCAGCAAAAUCAACCGUAGCCUAACCAAAUGUGCUUUUUAUUAAGGACAGCGUCAGGGUUAAUGUGCUUAGUUUGCACAUGCUAUAUUCUUGCCUUAAUUCGAAUGUUAUUUUUAUUCUUUACAAAACCAAUGUCAAGCCAUGAUGUGACAGUGAUGUAAUAAUAAUGUAUUGUAUGGGGGAAACAUAACUUUUACCACUACUGUCUUAUUCAAAUCAAGAUUAUGGAACAAAUAAAAAUCAUUACAGUGCA